CGUCUCAGUGCCCCUCCGUCGCUAUGGUGCCUGUUGGUUUCCGUGGGCUUCACCGCCGGGUGUGUGUGAUAACCGGGCGUCCAGUCGAGUCGACACCAUGACAAUUGACACGCGGCUACCGAUAAUGCGUGACUUGUCAAGGAAGGGGCGAACAAACAUGAAGUUGGCGACGCUGCUCUUUUACGGCGGCGCUCUGGGGCUCCUCGCUGUCGGCCUGAGAGAGCUGUUCACUGGCUUUGAGGAGAACCGAUGCAGUAUGACCUACAUGUACGAAUACCCUGAGUUUCGGCGUGUGGCGUUGCCUCGCCGUGUGGCCAGACUGUACCCAGCGUAUGGGCUCUACCUGUAUGGUGAGGGUCUGUACGCCCAGGAAACCCGUGAGCUUCAGCUCUUUGGCGCCCCUGUGCUCUUUUUGCCUGGAAAUGCAGGAAGUUACAAGCAAGCUCGUUCUCUCGGCUCAGUGGCGCUAAGGAAGGCGGAGCGUGCAGAAGGGGGUCUCCACUUCAACGUGUUCACCGUGGACUUCAACGAAGAAAUGGUGGCCUUGUACGGUGGCAGUUUAUGGCAGCAGACACACUUCCUGCACGAGAGCAUCAAGGCCAUCCUGAAACUUUACAAGCACCUGAAGACUCCUCCCCAGAGCGUGGUACUUGUGGGCCACUCCAUGGGCGGCGUGGUGGCUCGGGCGCUGUUCAUGUUGCCCCACUUCAACACCAACCGGGUCCGUCUUAUCAUCACCCAGGCGUCCCCUCACGUCGCUCCAGUGCUCGUCUUGGACCCAUACCUGCUGGAUUUUUAUUCUUCACUGAGGAAAAAGUGGGUGAAGCAGGCAGAUGAGCUGAGGAACGUCACGGUCUUAUCAGUUGGCGGUGGUCACCGUGAUUACCAAGUGCGCUCUGGACUCAUCUCUCUACCCUGUCCUCCGGGAGACCCAAGUAAAUUGUCCCUGGUGGCCACUGCAGUUCCUAGGACCUGGGUUUCCACUGACCACCUAUCCAUUGUGUGGUGCAAAGAGCUCGUUCUCGCUACUGUCAGGGCCUUCUUUGAUCUCGUCGAUCCAGAAACCAGACAGUUCACAGACAACCCAGCUAAGAAGAUUGCUGUACUUAACCACCAUUUCAUUCGACAUCCUGUCCGAAUGUUGGGGGACACUCAAGAAGCCUCUGUCUCCAUGCUAGAUGCUCCAGAGGCAUGGAGUGAAGUGAACACUUUGCGUUUAGCAUAUACCACACCAAAGGAAGUAGAAGUCAAAUACUUCAUGUUUGCCCUUUCAAGUCGUAGGAAGGCUUACAGUGAUUUCUACUGUCGGAGCAGCAACCAGGACAUGACCAGCUGGGUGUACGGCUGCGUGCACCGCAAUGGUUCUUCAUGUGUGCACACGGUGGAUUUGUCCAAGGGGGCUGAGCUUCUGCCUCCUUAUAAGGUCUUGACGCUAAGUCUCAGUGACCUGUCUUCAUUCACUCAUCUGGUGGUCUCGGCCUCCAACUUUAAUGGCAAAGAGUUCACGGUGGAGUGCGAGUGGCAAAGGCACCAAUCUCGGACUCUUUCGGCCCCUGUUCCACAUGUUCUCUCCUUAGGUUUGUCAGUCAGCGAAGUGACAGUGAACUUUAGUGGACUUUUCCACACCAUCGAGCUACAACACUUUCAUCAGGUCUAUCAGGCUUUCAGAAUUAAUGUUGCAAGUCAGUGUAAGGUACAAAAAGUCGGUGUAUCACCCAGUGUCUACAGAAUGAAGGUACCGUGGUUCCUCGAGGACUCCUUAAUAACAGCCAGUGUGCCAUCAGUGACGGAAAUUUCAGGGAUGCUCCACACUAACAGGCUGGACAAUGCGUCCAGUGUCCUCCUGCAGCUACACACUACACCCAACUGCCAAUAUAAGGUCUCAGUGAGGACGUCAUUUCCCAGGGUGUUGGGACAGAUCCUGCGCUUCUUCGGCCCCAUGGUGCCAGUGUACACGACUGUAACCCUCCUGCUGGCCUGCGGUUGUCAACUGUCCUCCAUCAGGAAGUUGGGGAGACCUGCAGACAUUAGCCUCGUGCUUGGCAAAGGCCUGCAACCACAUAAAGUCAACAUGUCUGUUUAUAUCCUGCACAUUCUAUUGAGUUGUACUUGGUUCAAAGACACAUGGUCGCUGCUUUGCCUUCCCCUGAUGGACGUCACCCCACCCAUCUUCCCUGAUACGGCGGUUCACAACGGUACAACGCCAUGUGCAGAAUGGUCGUACAUCCUGCACCCGCUCCUCUACAUCUUCGGCGCUGCGGUGGCAUUUUGGGGCAGCAUGCUGAUCCGACUCUUUACGCAGCUCAUUUCGUUGAUCUUAGCUGUGCUGUACAGACCAUCUAUCUCAAGAGACUGCGGCACUCUGCGCAUGCGGACCCAAGUUCUCGUCACGCUAUCUCUUACGGUUGUGGGCUGGACAACCUGUGGAGUGCUGUCAGUCAUUGCUGCCUAUUUGUUUCACCUAUACAGGGUACUGAGACUACAGAUGACAGAAAGGUCCUUGCGUCACAUUCUCAAUCUGGCACCUCAGAACCACAGAGAAAAUUCCAGACCGGAGGCCAAAGAAAGUAAUGACAUGCCACUGCUGUCGGAGUGGGCUCUACGGGAGGCCCAAGAUGACCUGCAGCUCCAUCUGUGUCUGUCUGCUCUCUUUACUGUACCUGUGAUGCUCAGCACACCCUCGCUUAUCCACUGGAUCCGCAACCUGAGGUACUCCACCCAGCUUGAUCCCGACCCCUGUUGGCCGUACUUUGUACCUCUGAUUGUCGUGUACGUACUGCUUAUUAACUGCGACACUCUGAUGCUCGCCAACAGUAAACUGCUGCAAUUUACGUCCUUCCUCCCGUUACCUGUGUCCGUCGCUAUGGUGAUGUUCUCCCCGCUGCACCUGUACAGAGUGAUGUACUUCCUCUUGGGAGCCCUCGUUCCCUUGGCAUUGUGUUGUGUCCUCUGACGGUAUCUGGUUCUGUUUUUUAUUUUUUAUUUUAUUUUUUGGGGGUAACAAGCCCCACUACUCGAAGCUCUUUUUGUGAACACUUGGUGAUAUUGUCUUAUUUGUUUACCUCGGAGCAGAGCCGUAGACAUACCUUACUCUGUGAACCGCCUUCUCGAUAGACAGUGGUACCCUGACUUACGAGUAACCAGAAAUACACAUUGUGUGUAUUUAACCAAACCACAUAACUUAAGAAAGUCCGCUAGCUUAAUGCUAACACACAGUGCAAAACGCCAUAGGCGAGUGAACAAAACUCGCAUUGAUCUUGCAGUAUCUACAACAACUCUUUAAGCAGCGGAAAUUUUAACACUAAUUGUGCAACAACAUGUAGAUAGACACUAUAGCAAUGCACACAGGUAUAUCCAGUGGAACCCUGCAUAUUUGAGGUUCAGCAUUCACAAAUUAUUCCUUGCUAUUUGUGGAAAUAUGUGCUUAGAUGCAUUUUUUCUCUUUUUUUUUUUAUUUUUCUUUAUCUGAUAUCUGUUUAUUCGCAGAACCCUCUGCUUAUUUGCAUUUUAUUCCCUGGUCCUCAGCUGAUUUGUGAUUUUUUAUUUUUUUUUUCAUUUAUUUUAUGGCAAUUGCAAUGUAAUGGUAAUUAUUUGCAGUCAGGCUCGGUGCCUGUCCCCUGUGAACAGCGGGUGUCCACUGUCUUCUUUAUCCUCCGUGAAAAACGACUAGUAUUACUGCAGCUUACUGAGCUUUGAAGAGACUUUCUUCUUUCUUUCUUUCUUUUUUUAAGUAAUAUACUGACAUCUGGUGGCAAAGGCACACACACCAGAAGGAGCAGUACAAUGUUCAAUGGGCAUUGAAGCAUGCACAAACUGUUUAAUACUUUACAUUCUCUUAAAUUAUGUUGUUACUGUAUGUUUUUCUGAAAUACAAUAGUGUAGAGUGCUAGUUUUCAUAUUAAAAAAGGAUUAACGGGGCACUGGAACGGAUUAAUGUUUUGUGUUCCUGAGCAAAUGAAACUCGUAAGUCAAGGCACCACUGUAUUUGCAUGAAAAGCUCCACUCUUAGAGCAUGUGGAAGAGUUGCUGCCAAUUAGGACCAAUCUGGUGAACCAAGUUUGCCUUCCACUGUACAUCUAUAGCUCUGCAACCGUGUUACGCUGCUGAUACUUAAGCUUAUCGACAGAGUUUUAGUGGUUUGAAUGUUUUUUUUUUUGUUUGUUGUUUUUUUUGUUUUGUUGGUGUUGUGUUGCUGUUCAUGCACUGUUAAAAGUCCUACACUGCCUUUACCAACGGACUGUUGAACCUCGGCCUCAUCCGUUGCCAGUUGCCAUGCAUUCCUUGAGAGAACCCAAAGUAACCCAUGUUUACACACACAGGCCAAUGCAGUACAGUAGUCCACAUUUGAAGAACAGAACAGUAAUUGCUGCUCAAUGAAAUGUACAACAUACUAAAGCCUUAACAUCCUUCCCCCUCCCUCCUUAUCCUCCUUGUCCCCUUCUCCUGUCCUUCCUCAUCGUCCUAGUCCUUUUCUUUCUUUCUGCUCUUCCUCCUCAGUCUCCUACUCCCUCUUUCCUCUUCAUUGUCCUCCUCCUCAUCCUUCUUUUUCCUUGUCAUUGUCUUCUUCCUCCUUCUCUUCGUUGUCAUCCUUUUCCUUCUCUUGCUCGUCAAUCUCCUCGACUUCCUCUUCCUUGUCCUCCUUCUCUUCCUUUUCCAUAGCUUCUCCUUUUCGUCUUCCUCUUAUAUUCCCUCCUACUUCUCUCCUUCCUAGUCCUCCUCUCACUCAUCUUUUUCCUAAUCCUACCUUUCAUCGCUGUCGCUUUCCUCCUCCUCCCCCCUUCUUUGUCUUCCUCUUUUUCUUUGGGAGGUUAGAUUUUUGCCUCUUCUCCCGCAGCUCUGAUCCUAAGAUACUGAACCCCCAGUUGUGGAGUGCCUGCCCAACCCAUCAAGUGUGAAAUUACUUAACCCAAUCUUUCCAGACACCCAACUAUUUAUAUACAAGCAAUAGAAAGCUGUUUUCCUUUAUGUCCCCUUCAAAACUGUGACAUAAUAUGUCUCCUUAAAGUUGAAUAUCAGUUGACCUCUGUCUGUGUGGACACCAGAUGCCUUCAGAUCCUGAAUGGAGUGUAGAUCUUCAGCCAUUUGUCAGACCUUAGAGCAUUCCGCUCAGUUUCGCAGCCUCCUUCACGCUACUGAGGCUUGAUUGCUCCUAAAGGGAUAUUUGUAGUCCCUGCCAAGCAGCACGACUACUGUCGUUAUAAGACUACGUUAUUUUAUUGAGAAGCUUCUCUGGUCUCAUCAAUUGUACAUGCUACUUAGGUUGUUUGGUGAAAACACUAUGUCCGUGUCGUGGAUAUUUAACCAAGUAAAUCCUUGCCUGAAUAUUUUUUUUUUUAAAUUGACAGUGACUGUUAUUAGUAAUGUGUUAAUACUGGUAUGAUCACAAAUCACUACAGUGACUUUUUUUUAAGGAAAGCGUGACAAUGUACAAGUGCUUUUAAUGUUCAACCUCAUCAAACUAUUUCAGGUUAUUGCGACACAAAUCCAUUUAGUGUUCAAUUUCCAUUCAUACUAAAUUUUUGUGGUUUAAACAGAAACUGGAUGUCCCACGAGCUUUAGUAGUUAUUAACAGGCAUUUCACAUUUCCUAACCCUCCUGUUGGUUUGCAGCAAGAAUAUAUGUAUGUUUCAUUGUCUAAAAGUGUCAGACAUGGAAAAAAAUCCUGAUCAACAUUGUUUCCCAUUAGCAACUCCAUUACUAACUAUUUCAUUGAAAAUAUGUGAAAUCGAUUAUAUUUGUGAAGCCAAGUAGAGGGCGUUUCGUUCCGAAGAUUGAGUCAAUUUUACCCUCAACAUAAUGGAAUUAAAUGGUUACCUAAUACAGAGUACCCUGAAAUUCAAUAGAAACCACUUUGAGAUGAGCUGGAGUGUCAUAAUUUUAAAUGUGCCCAUUGUGAGUCCGUAGCCAUCUGGCGUGCUAGUUAGCCCGUUUUAACGAUCCUAUUAUGUUGCAGGUCAAAUUUACCCAUUUUAAAGUAAAACUAUAAAUAUUGAUUGAAAUCAUGAGGAACGUUAUUGGGAUUGUUUUAGUUUCUGACGCUUGGAUAAUGAAACAUGCCCCGGGUCAAAUUGGCCCAGGAUCGUUAUUGUUGCUCCUGAGAAAAUUAACAGGAGGGUCCAAAACAAACAAAUGCACAAUUUAUUAGGUAUGCAAAACUGAACCCAAUCCUGUAUACAUGUAUUUGCAGUAAAUUGUCCGUUCAUCUGAUACUACUCUGUUAGUUCAUUUCCAUUGUAAUUGUAUUAAUCAUUCUGGAUGCUAAUCACUAAUUGUUGGUUUUAAUACCGAUGCACAAAAUGAGCAAAAGAUUAAUCCUGCAAAUAGAGGAGACAGAACCUACUUUUCAUAGUUCUGUUUCUGGAUAUUUUACUGCACAUUAACUACACACUAAGCAUGUCCAACACUUGUGUGCCUCUCUGCUUUGCUUAACCCUCCUGCUACGUUCAUUUCUCAGGAUCAGCACAAACGUUCCUGGGUCAAUUUGACCCAGGAGUGUGUUUAAUAAUACAAAAUUGUUAUUAAAUCCUCCCUAGAUAUUGUUGGUAUCUCAGUAUUGAACUAAACUUGCAAAUAUGUAAAAUGAAACAUUGUAUAUGUUCAUUAGACAUAUUAAGCUAAGUAGAAAUUUCAUAGCGAUAAACUAUGUUACACUAUGUAGCAAGAGGGUUAAUCCAUACCGCGCGAACAUUACACCACAUGAGCCGGGUGUGUGAAAUCAUUUAAUUUAAAGUGCCUCUUUGGAAAAAUACCAACCCGUGUCGUCCUUUGGAAAGGCAGCAAGUGGGACUCGUUUGCUGGAUGUUGUUGACAAACGUAUACUGUAAUCAUGACUAUAAAAAGCUGUGUGAUGUUGUGCCAACUCUUUGUGUUUUGUGGUAUCAGUGCAUAUGUGGACGUGUUAUUAAUCUUAGCCACAUUUGGAAGAGCCUUGCUUCUGAUCCGACAUCCAAUUCCGGGUGUUUAUUUUUAUUUUUUUUGUACUUUAAUUCUGCCUCUUGAGAACCAAAAAAAUUAAAUUGUGUCACUUGAACCAUGCAGUGUGAAACCAGCUGUAGAAAAGCAGGAAGUACUUUCGCUCUGUGUACUCCAUGGUUAAGGCCUAUACGCAAUGUAACUCAAUGACAGUUUUUUUGUGCUAUUGUGUUUGUCAACUGUUUGAUGUUGUGAAUCAAAUGAAAAACGUACACGGUGAAUUAAUCACAUGGACACAUUUGUUGGUACCCUUUAAAAACCCACAAACCCGGCCUUUGAGAUAAUUUUAAACUGACGAGUAAUUAAAAAAUAAAAACAA